UGGCACCAUUUUCACGUGCUUUCUAAAUUUAUUCUCUAGAGUAUGCUACACCUUCAAGCAGAGACAUUAAUAUCCAUAUCAUCUAAGAAUAUUGAACCUGCAUCUCUCUCUCUCUCUCAAAUGAAGGACAAAACAUCCUUGACCUUGCCACUUGUGUUUGAGAAGAGGCAACAUGAAAGGUGCAGGCCAGAUGAAGUAGGGGCAACUAACAGUGAUCAUCAAACUACCAACACAACCUCUUUUUUGAAAACUUGUUUCAAUGGACUUAAUGCCCUGUCAGGAGUUGGGAUAUUGUCAGUUCCUUAUGCACUAUCAUCAGGAGGAUGGCUAAGCUUGAUACUUCUUUUUGUAAUAGCUGCUGCUGCAUUUUACUCGGGCUUGUUAAUUCAAAGAUGCAUGGAUGAGGAUUCUACUAUAAGAACUUAUCCUGACAUUGGUGAACAUGCAUUUGGGAAGAAGGGAAGAAUAGUUUUGUCAAUUUUCAUGAACACAGAACUCUACUUAGUUUCAACAGCUUUCCUAAUUCUAGAAGGGGAUAACCUACACAACUUAUUUCCAAACAUUGAACUGCAAGUGUCUGGUUUCAUAAUUGGAGGAAAAGAAUGUUUUAUAAUAAUUGCUGCACUUAUUGUGCUGCCAACUGUGUGGUUAGAUAACUUGAGCCUUCUUUCUUAUGUCUCUGCAAGUGGGGUUUUUGCCUCUGCUGUCAUCCUUGGGUCAAUUUUGUGGACUGGUGCUUUUGAUGGAAUUGGAUUUCACCAAGAGGUAUCAGUUCCACUUAAUUGGAAUGGAAUCCCUACUUCUGUUAGCUUGUAUGCCUUCUGCUAUUGUGCGCAUCCAGUGUUCCCUACACUCUACACAUCAAUGAAAAACAAAUGCCAGUUCUCGAAUGUCCUCCUCCUGUGCUUUAUCUUAUGCACCAUUGGAUAUGCAUCAAUGGCAGUUUUAGGGUACUUCAUGUUUGGGUCAACAGUUCAAUCACAAAUAACUUUAAACCUCCCAACCGAAAAACUUAGCUCAAAAAUCGCAAUAUGGACCACCCUUAUCAAUCCACUAUCCAAAUAUGCUUUAAUGGUUACACCAAUAAUAAAUUCAGCCAAAAAUUGGUUUCCAAAUCACUGCAAUAAAAGACCCUUCGACCUUCUCCUCAGUACUAGCUUGGUAAUCAGCAGUGUUGUAGUAGCUUUGGCGGUUCCUUUUUUCGCAUAUCUCGUGUCACUGGUUGGAGCAUUUUUGAGUGUAUCAGCUUCACUUCUAUUUCCAUGCUUUUGCUACCUUAAAAUUUCAGCUACGUACAGAAAUCUCGGAUGUGAGAUGUUGAUUAUAGGGUUCAUAAUUUUAAUGGGAGCUGCAGUUAUGAUUCUUGGUACUUACACAGCUGUAUCAGAAAUAAUAGAGCAUUUGUAAAUUGAUGUAGCAGCUUCUCUUUUUCAGCAUUAAUAUAUAUUGCUGCUGCUAUGGUUGAAGAGCUUUUAUAGUACUGAUGGCGAUAGAUUUGUGGCAAAAAAGUCACCAAUAUAAGAAAAGACUUUGGCAAUAGAUGUGGAGAUGGCCAAGGAGUCUUCAAUUUAGGUUCAAGUGUAACAAUUAUUUUGUGGAAUGUUGUCACCAUGGUGAUUGCUUUCCA